CGGGACAGCCAUUUUGACUCGAGGCUUAUUUUCUCGGUUUCAGUUUAUAUGGGAAUUCAGAUUUUUGAUGAAUGAUGAAUGGGUUGUUAUAAAUUGUGAUUUGAGUAUUAUUUGGCGUUUGUUAAGUUUUAUUCACCACGGUUAUCCUAAGGUAUCUUAUAUAAUUUUAAGCUGAGUUUUAUGCUAUUCAACCAAAAUGAAUCAACCAGAACAGGAACAAGAACCUCAAAUGGACGAAGAACAGAAAGAGUCUAGUGAAAAGACGGAAGAAGACAACCAAUCCAAUGAAGGCUUUGUUGUAAAAAUGAGAGGAUUGCCCUGGUCAGCAACUGCUGAUGAUAUCAUAAAGUUUUUGAGCAUUUUAGGAGAAGCAAAAGUAAAAGGUGGAACAGCUGGUGUUCAUUUGACAAUGGCAAGAGAAGGACGACCAAGUGGUGAAGCUUACGUUGAAAUGGAAUCAGAAGAUGAUCUUAAAGCUGCUCUAAAAAAAGAUCGUGAGCAUAUGGGCAACCGUUAUAUUGAAGUUUUUCGAUCUAAACGUUCUGAAAUGGAGUGGGUUAUAAAAAAAACUGGUUCAACGCUUGAUAGUGUCCUUGAUGACAAUUGUGUACGUUUACGAGGCUUACCAUUUGGGUCUACUAAAGAUGACAUUGUACAAUUUUUCCAAGGGUUGGAGAUGACACCAGACGGUAUAACCAUAGCAACCGACUUCACGGGGCGGAGUACGGGGGAAGCUUUUGUACAAUUUGUAGACAGAGAGAAUGCAGAGAAAGCUCUGCAGAAACACAAGGAGAAAAUAGGACACAGAUAUAUUGAGAUAUUCCGCAGUAGUUUAGCUGAAAUUCGAAAUCAAGCUUUACAAAGGCGUCCUCGACAAACUCCUUAUGAUCGAAUGGACCGGUUUAGUGGGGGAGGAAGCAAUGGAGGUGGAGGUGGUGGUGGCGGCGGCCGAUAUUUCGACAUGCCAAUGAGAGCUGGACGCAACAUGAAAUCAUUUGGAAAUAAUGGUUACGACAAUGGCGGUCCUUGGAAUGGUGGUAGAAACAUGGGAGGACCAAGAGGAGGAGGAGGAGGUGGAGGCGGCGGCGGCGGUGGUCAAGGAAUGAUGGGAGGAGGUGGAGGUGGAUGGAACAGCAAUAAUUGGAAUGCUCCACCAAGUAGACCAGUAUACGUAGUCCAUAUGAGAGGACUUCCAUUUAAAGCUAAUGAAGAUGAUAUUGCUUCUUUCUUCGAGCCAUUGGAUCCGGUUGAAAUACAUAUUUUAUUUAAUAACAAUAAUCGACCAUCCGGAGAAGCUAAUGUCGAGUUUGCUUCUAAAGAAGAUGCCUUGAGAGCUAUGACGAAGGAUAAAACAUAUAUGCAACAUAGAUACAUAGAAUUAUUUAUGGAUGGACCAGUAGGCGGAGGAUCAGGAGCUGGCGGUAAUAAUUUCAGUUUAGACGAUAUCGGACCUCCUAAUGUUGGAAAUGGAAGUGGGAACUUUGGAGGAUUUGGUGGCAACUCCUUUGGUGGUGGCAGUGGCAGUAAUAACUCCUUUGGAAACAACACAUUUACUAGGCGUAAUGAGAAUUCAGGCCCACCAAACUCAUUUUUUUCUAAUAAUAUGAGUGGCAGUAGAUAUCCCAGGCCAUCAGGACCCAUGAAUAUGGCUGGUCCCGGCCCGAAAUUCAAUCCGUUUUAAUAUAAUGUAUAAAUAGAAAGAGAAACUGUUUGACUAAGUAUUAUAAUGCUAUGCUAUACGUUGAUGUAUAAUAUCAGAAUCUUAAACUAAGUGAAAUACAUUUUCCUCCUCCCCUCAA